GCAAGAAGCAGCCGAUCCCUCAGCUCUCCAGGAAAACCUGCUAAGGGGCUAAUUUCUGUGAGCACUUGGGAGAAGAACUGUUCAGAUCUUCUGGGGAGCAAGGCCAGCACCAAGCAUCUCAGUAGCACAGCAACAAAGACUGGCAAUAAAUAUCCUUCCAGCAACUUGAAGCUUGCACAGCAAAUGAGUGGGGGAGCAUGAACGAUGCAGUAUCUGCAGGUAGAGAGAUGCCUGGGCAUUGGAAGCUCUCUGCAGCAUGCUGAGGAGACGUAACCUUCUUACCACGCUCCUGAUCGCCUUGCCAUGGGCUCUUCUCCUAACUUUGUGGCAUCAGUACCCAACCACCCGCUACCUCAGCCUCCUGAGAAAAGAGACAGAUGAGAAUGUGACCUCUAAAGCUCUUGUCAAUGGUACAUCUGCACUGAGAGAGGAAGGCCUCCCAUCAUGCAUGCGGCAGCAGCAGAGCAUGGCGGCAACGCCUAAAGUCAUCCAGAAUUAUGUGUACUCCAGGCCUCCCCCAUGGUCAGACACCUUGCCAACCAUCUUCGUUAUCACCCCUACCUACACCCGGCCAGUGCAAAAAGCUGAGCUGACCCGAUUGGCCAACACCUUCCUGCACGUACAGAAUCUGCACUGGGUGGUGGUGGAGGACUCGCCCCGGAGGACCAACUUGGUAUCCAACCUGCUGGAGAAGGCAGGGCUUAACUUCACCCACCUCAAUGUGGAGACCCCCAAGAGUCUGAAGCUGGGCCUGUCCUGGAUCCCAUCCCAUACCCCAAGGGGGACACUACAGAGGAACCUGGGGCUGCACUGGCUGAGGAACAGCUUCAGCAACACUGCACCACCAGAAGGGGUAGUGUAUUUUGCCGAUGAUGAUAACACCUACAGCCUGGAGCUCUUUGAAGAGAUGCGUUACACAAGGAGGGUGUCAGUCUGGCCGGUGGCUUUCGUUGGGGGUCUGCGAUAUGAAUCCCCAAAAGUGAGCCCAGCAGGGAAGGUCGUGGGCUGGAAAACGGUCUUUGAUCCCAACCGACCCUUCGCUAUUGACAUGGCUGGAUUUGCCAUCAGCAUCAAGCUAAUAUUGGAGAAGCCUCAAGCCAGUUUCAAGUUGGAGGGAGUUAAAGGAGGCUACCAGGAAACCAGUUUGCUGAAGGAUCUGGUGACUAUGGAUGGGUUGGAGCCAAAAGCAGCCAACUGCACAAAGGUGCUGGUCUGGCACACAAGAACUGAGAGGCCUACUUUGGUUAAUGAAGGCAAACGUGGAUUUACAGACCCCAGAGUAGAGGUGUAAGCAGAGAGCCAGCUCCAGGGUAGGCACAGGGCAGUGUUUGUUCCAGAAGUUCGUCAGCAACCACAACAGCUGUGCACGCUGCCCGUUCUGCCCAGCACUCUGCUCCACCGCUGGAGGAUAAUGAAAGCUCCCAAAUGUGGCCACAUCUAUCAGCUGGCACUGCCCGAAAGGUGGUAACAAAGAGGGACAGAGCUGAUCCUGUGAUCCUAUAGAUCUUUACCUUUGACUUCAUCCACUGGCUCUCAUUUCUCAUUUGGGAGAGGAGUGCUUCCCUUUCCCUGUGGGGCCUGUGUUCAUUCAUUAAACAUAAAACUUAUUAGACGUGAUCUUCAUUCUCUGCUGUGCCAGCAUAAAGGCUGAAAUCCAGGAUGGGUGUAGGAUCUCUGAAGAUCUCUUGGCAGCUUGUGAAACUAUAGCUGUACAGCUGUGGCAAGCUGCAGGGAUUCAGGGCUUGGAGUUGCUGCAGAAGCACAUCUAUCAGUCAGCCUAAGAAUGGGAUGCUCUCAAAACAGCUUAAAAACAAAGCUAGCCUGAGAGAAGGUCUCCCUCUGAAGGAUACACUCAGAUACAUACAUGGCUCAGCCUUCAGUUUUGGGCAGGGAGCUGUACUGAACCACCUCAUUCUCAGUUUGGGAGUUCAGAAAAGUACAUAGGUAUCAAGUAGGGAUCUGGUGCCUCAGCUUGCCACCUCAGCUGAGAAUGGAACCGCCCUGAAUUAUAGUUGUUUUGGAAAAUGCCAUACCAGAUCCCCAGACCCACAGCCCUCUGGAUAAAGUUCCUCUCCCGCUUGGGGAGACCUGGCAAAUACUGUACUUCAAAGGCCAUGCCUCCACUUGCCACUGGAGAGCCCAGAAAGCAGGAACAAAGAUGGGUGGACUUGGAAGGUUUGUUUCUAGCCUGGAACCCAACUGCAGCACCAUCAGGCACUUCAGUAGCCUCGAAUCAGAUAUAUAGAGCUGUUUCCUCAAUUUCCACAGACAAAGACACCUCUCUGGAGUGGAGGUGGGUGAGAAAUGCUCAGAGAAGAGGAACCCUGAGCCUGGGCUCAUCUCCUGCGAUAACAUCAAGGAAUGUGGAGAGAAACCGUCAAGGAACUAUUCUUGAGCACCAUAAGUGACAACUGAAGUAGUAAAUGUGACAAAGUUUUCCAGGUGAACUUUGAAAGGCAUGUUUGGCCCUGUAAACAGAAAGAAGAGACAUUGUCAUCCAGAACAAUUCCCUUUCCCUUAAUAAAACAGGGGGACAGUGAGGUUAAAGGCAGCUCACAAAGGAGGAGCUAGCAAAUAAGGACUGGAGGAUGCACUGGAUUAAAAGCACAAUCGUUUGUAUCAUGUAGGAAGGGGGCAGGUGUCACUCCAACUUCCAGGAGGAGAACUUAAAUGACCCAGAAACCCCUCUAAGCACAUCUUGAAAACCAUCUUCAUUCAAGCCAUGAGAAACAAGGCUUUAGGCUUUCAAAACACAUUGAGGAUUUUCAUAGCUGGGGGAAAGUUAUGAGUAAUUGUACCAUUCCCCACCCAAGAAAAUCUGGGCUGGCAGGAGACUUAUUUAUUUUUUGAUUUAUUUAUACUACAAUUCUUUUCUGCCUAUUCCUUGUUUUGUCUUACUUUUUAGCUUAGAUCAUCUGACCUAUUCAUGAAGAAAAAAUAUUCCCCCUCCCACCCCAAACUCUCACAGAAGAACAGUAGAGCUUUGCAUUCACUGCUGAAUGUCAUGUUUCAUGCUCCCUGGGGUUUCUUUACAAUGGCAUCUUAAACUGGCAAAAUAAUCAGAAACACAGCAAGCAGGGGAGUUUAGCAAGGGGAACUGCCGUUCCUUUGUGCAAGAGAUGUGGGUGGCACUAAGUUUCUGGCCCCCGAGCAGUCAUACCGAGGUGAAAACAUGUGCAAAGGACUGUCUCGCUCAGCAGACAGUCCCCAUGGGAUUUUGGGAAGCUUCCAAGAAGAGGGCUCUUCGAAGGAUAUCUGAGAGAGUAUAUGUGCAACUAGUAGCAGCACACCCUGCUAUAGGAGGGAGGUUAGAGUACAAGAAGGGGGAAAGGGGGAAAGGCACAACCUCUCGGAGGAGAAUUCAUGAGAAAUUAAAGAACAGGCAGCAAAUAGAGAAAUGGAGGCUGCCCUUAUUUUAAGUUUAGUGAGGCUCAGGCCAGAGAUAAGCAUACCCAGGAGAAAAAGCUACCUUGUCACCCAUCUCAGCAUGAAGGAAUACUAAAUGUACCAUGAAAACUGUAUCUUCUCUGGAUCCUAGAAAAUAGUCCUGACUGUUUUUUACAGGCGUCUGGCAUUUUGGAACUGGAUAGCAUGAAGGAAGCCUGGCUUCUGUAAAACACUUUUUCUUCUCUCUUUGUCAGAGCUUUAUCUCCUGGGCUCUCCAUGAGGUAACAGGCUUGGCCCACCCACCCCUGCCACUAGACUGGCAGGCUCAUUGAUCCCAUCUAGCAUUAAAACAAGAAAGUGACCUUCUUUGUGAUUUUAAUGAAUGAGCAAGAGAGAGGGAAUCUUUAUCCCUCUUAAGGGAUAAAGAGAGGGAAUCUAUAUCCCUCUUAAGCAAAGGAGUUGCUUAAGAUCUUCCAUUUUCCCCUCUGAGAUGGGCAAGGUUGCUGCCCGUAUGAAAAGGAGUGGAUACGGUGACUAAUUCCCUGGCCUUUGGUUCAGCUUUUGAGAUUUUCAUACAAGUCCUAUGUAGAAUUUUGGCACUGCUAGUGAAAGUUUGCAGCAAGGGUCUAUUCCCAUUGCAAAGGAUACUCCCCAACCCAUGUUUUUAGGGAUUUCUUCUCUCUGCAUUCCUACAAGAAAGCAAAGUUACUAUUCCUAUUUUUCCCACCGGGAAAUUGGAUUCCAGUGCGCUGUGCUACGCUGUCAGCUUAGCGCAGGUCUGAGCCUGCUCUCAGGGCCAGACCCUUCACACCGUUUCCAUUCUUGUCCCAGCCUGAACCUGGAGCCCUGCAGGGGAGGAGAUUCUGUGAAUCAAGAAAUUUCGUCACACCGCAGAUUGUGCAGGCCCAAAGCCUUGUAUGGGCAGCGUGGAUGUACACAACUACCAUUCCAGGCUAGCAGACAUUUGGACCUGUUCAGCACAAAUGCUCCUCCUCUGCAGAGCAGAUGGUGGACAGCAAGGACUGUUGCCAGUUGAGAUACACGAGCUAAGGGCAAAUGAGUAAGCAGUGCCACAAUUUAAGAUGGCUAUUUAUUAGCAGAGCUGGUGGGAGAGCCCAAGAGCAGAGCAGCAGUGAGGGCCACAGGUUUCAGGGUAAGCAAAUAUAGGGGUGCAGUAGGGAGGGAAGCUGCAGAUCAAUCCUAAGAUAGUUAAAACAGGAGAAGGAAUUGCAGCUCCUGUUUUUUACUAGCAUAUUAGUGUCUGAUACUCAUGUUCUCUGAGAUUCAUCUAGUUCACCAGCCAAUGAAUACUAACAUUUCCUGUUGCAGAAAAUACUAUUGACAAAAGAAAGAGAAUGUCAAGGAAGUAAUUUUUAAUGGUUAUUUAUUUAUAUUGAACGGUACUAGAGCGUUAUUAAAUAUGAUGUAAAUAGUACAACAUGGCACCAUUGUUUGUCUUGCAGUUGAAGUGCUUACUUCUUUUCCAGGAAAACAGUGGGCUCUGUAAUGGAGAAUGUCAUCAGUUUCAAUUGUUCUCAUUUCAAGGGAAUUCUCUCCAGUCUUCAUCUGACUUAAACGCUACAUGAGAAAUGCAAGCAAAAACACAUCAGUUCUCUGGGACUGGAAGAGGCUGCCUGCAUUAUGGAGGUGAAGAGACAGAAAGGAACACGGGUAUUCUGUCUAAA